GAAAAAAUCAAGAACCUACGAAGUGGCUAGUACAUCCACCGAGGGAGAAUUCAUAUGUUACCUCUGAUGACUUAACAUCGCUGCAUGGAAAACGAUAGUUUCGCGGUUCGCUGAAAGUUGUUUUCAAUAUGGAAAGAGUCUCGGUGGUUUUGCCAAGAUUGCGUAAUCUAUUGGUCGAGGCUCUCCAACAUUCCUAUAAAUACCCUUGAAUACUUGAAAGACACAACUCAGUCUGCCAAUAGUGCUCUUAGCUGCCAAUAAACGCACUCAUUUCGCCAAAAUGAACAAGUUCCUCCUCUCCUUGUGCCUUUUGGCCUCAGUUUUGAUCGUGGUGGAAGGUCUCUUGGACGGUGGCAUCAUCACCAUCCCCGCUGCCACGGCUGGCCUUGUUGGCAUCAAAGUGGCCGCUGGCCUCAUCGGACUCGGUGUCGGAAAACUGGCAAGUAGAAGAGGCAGUGGAAGUCGACGAGUCAAACAACAUUUCAGACGAUCUGUACAAGUCGAGGCCUCUUUCUUGGCGGCUAGCAUUGACGAUGCCGAUGAUUGCGCCAAGAAGUUGAUCUGUCUCUUGAACACCGACGCGAAGGACUCUUUGGAUUCCGACGAAUCGGUCAUUAGGGGUCUUUUCGGUUCGGCCAACGAAUUGGACGUGGCUAAGGACUCGGUUGAAUUUGACGUGGCCGCUUUGGUGGGCCGCAAGACUGGAGCGGCUCGAUGUCAUAAAAUCUAUGCCCGUUGCGUUUUUAACCGGGAGGAUCUGAUGAAUGUGUUGAGAGCUCCGGAAAAUGGCGUUACCGUUUGAAUAACCCGCUCAAGGACGAUGAUGCCAAAGUAACAGAAUAAAAAUUUGGAAAUGGAAAGAUUACGUGUUGGGUCUUG